GGCCGCCGUCUCUUCUAGUCUUCCCAUCACCACAGGGUCGUCGUCACUCGUCAGCACGACACGCGGGCGAGAUGCUCAGUCUCGGUGCCCAUAUCUCGCCGCUGCCCUCCUCCCCACCCCACGCUCCCCUCCUCCAAUCCAGACCCCCUCCCUUCCCCUCUCGCGCCCCCGCCCCGGCCGCCUCCUCCGCGCCUCGCUUACUCUGCUUCCGCCGCGUCCGCCGUUUCGCGGGGGAGCGGAGCCGGAGGCCCACCAUGGCCGCGGUGAUAUCGCCGGAUGGCAGCGGUCUGGCCCACGACCUUGGGUCGGCGGCCGUCACCGCGGGCGUCGCCCUCGCGCUCCUCCGCUUCUUCGAGGAGCUCGCCAAGCUCGGCGUCUUCGAGCAGAAACUCACCAGGAAACUUGUGCAUAUAACUGUUGGGAUGGUGUUCUUGCUUUUUUGGCCUCUUUUCAGCUCGGGAAAGUAUGCUCCUUUCCUUGCUGCGCUAGCACCAGGGGUUAAUAUUAUAAGGAUGCUUAUACUGGGGUCGGGAGUAGCGAAAAAUGAAGCUAUGGUUAAAUCAAUGAGCCGCUCUGGAGAUUACAGGGAACUUCUCAAGGGCCCACUGUAUUAUGCUACUACUAUAACUUUUGCCACUUCUGUAUUUUGGAGAAAUUCACCAAUUGCUAUAGCACUUAUAUGCAACUUAUGUGCUGGGGAUGGUAUAGCAGAUGUAGUGGGGAGACGUCUAGGUCAAAAAAAGCUUCCAUACAACCCCAACAAAUCAUAUGCAGGAAGCAUAGCAAUGGCGGUGGCUGGUUUUCUGGCCUCGAUUGGGUACAUGCAUUACUUCCACACUUUCGGUUUUAUUGAGGAAACAUGGUACAUGGCUUUAGGCUUCCUCGCGGUCUCUGUAGCCGCAACACUAGUCGAGUCACUUCCCAUCAGUUCAGAACUAGAUGAUAAUUUGACUGUUCCUUUAACAUCAUUCCUUGUUGGUAGCCUCCUUUUCUGAUGUUUAGUCUCGAAGGACAGCUGAGAUGUUUUUUCAUCAUGUUCUGACAUGUAAAAGGAUUACCGACAAGUGUAAUUGUGAGAAUUUGUACCUUGAGUAUGGCGAAUAUACCCACUGUUGUUUACCAACUAGCAUUACAUAUACUUUA